AUGAUUUUAUUUUUCAUUUUUUUUUUUUUUUAUAGGAAUGCAGAUUCUUGGAAAGAAAAACCGAUACAAAAUGGAAUAACAAAAACGGUUUUUGGAAGAUGGUUAAAAGAUUUCAGAACUGGACAAAAUCGUGAAAGUGUUACAAUUCAAAGGCCCCUCGGAAGAACACUAUCGGCUAAUUUUAAAGAAAAAAAAGAUGGUAAAAAAAAAAUAAAUAGAACGUUAUCGGCUUGUCAAAAAGAUAGGAAAAAAGAUUGGAAAAACGAUGAUGAUAACAACGACUGGAAUUCAAAUGAUUAUCACACACAAUAUAAUAAUAAUAAUAAACAAUCAAUAAAUGGAGAUAACGUAAAUGGUCUUGAAGGACUGAAAUCUGGAAAAGACGAUGAUGAUAAUAAUAAAGACAAUCAAAAAAGGUAA